CCUUCCACUUCACAAUGAUUCACUUCUUUGUGUUGGUCCAUAACAUCAACUCAGUAACUUCAGACUGCAACAAAAUACUUUUUAUUUUAACCUAUUUGGGGCUUUUAAUUAGUUAAUUUAAGUCAUGGAGAUAUAUAAAGUAGAUUUGAUUAAAUCUUUAAUCAGAUUUUUUUAUUUUUUUACUGGGUAUCCAUUGGAUGGUUCCCAUGGUUAGUCUCUCUUUGUGUUGAAGAGAGGGUCAUAAAUUAUACCAAACAGCUUGCCAGAUUACCGAGCAGACAGAGGGACAGAUAGGGGACCGCAGACAGUCAGGCCACAAAAACAGCGCCCCCCCCACCCCGGACAAAUACAAAGAGAAGAGGAAGAGAAGCGCCUACAGGGCCCACAAAAUCAAUCCUGCCCCCGGUUUACUCUCUUUCUAUCCGCAACGCCCCUAUUCCUCAUCCUGCAAACACAUCCUGGUAGAAUAACCUUUUGUUAUGCGAGUUAAACGCAAUUUGCGACGGGCAUAAAUAAUUGAGAAAAAAAAUGCAGCUCUCCGACUGCGCAUCCCCGAGACUGAACAGGGAAAUAGUGCGCCAGUGUCCCGGCUGAUCCAAGCUGAGCUCCGGAGCUGUCCUUCCUCCCUUCCUCCCUCCCUUCAGCACUACGGUCAUUCCACAACAUCGAUGCCAAAAGAGAGAGAUUUGAAAAAAAUACAUCAACGUUUCCAACAUGAUCACACCUUGCCAGUGAAGUACAUUUCCUUUCGACUCAUCAUGGAUUCUCUUGUGCUCCCCAUCCUCUCCUCAAAGGUCCCUUCUGCUCCUUGCUCUUAGACCCCAGCUACCCACAGUGGAUCCAUUAGGACCCUCUUCGCCAAGAUAGCCCCUCAAAGAUUCACCGAUUCAUUGUUUUCACACUUUCCUUACAUAUCCUUCUAUUAGCAAGGAUAGUUUUCGGCCCUUUGUCUCUGUCUGAAUACUGACUCUUAUUAGUGCCACUGCUCCCAGACGGCACACAUGGCGUCUCCUAAGUUGGGCCUGUCAGCCACAACCACAACCUCCUCUUCCUCAUCAUCAUCCUCUGCAUCAUUAGGCCCUCCUCCACACCCUGGAAGCCCAAGUCGGGUACCUGAGGGUCCUCCAAGUCCUGUAACCCCAACCCCAAGCCCAGGCUUAACCUCUGCUUCAGCCACACCUGUAAGGACCCAUCUGAGCAUUGCUCUGAUCCUUGAGGAGCUCAGGGUGCUGCAACAACGGCAGAUUCACCAGAUGCAGAUCACAGAGGAGAUAUGUAGACAGGUUUUACGACUUGGAGGGGACUCCUAUAGUAUAGAUACACCAUCCCAGCAUAUCCUUCCAUCUUUGCCACAACUCUGUCUGGAAGGCAGUAAAAAUGCAUCUGAUUCCUUAACCCAACCAGCUGCACCUCAACCCAAUACUUCAUUGGCUCCUCUCUUAUCAUGUUUCUCCUCUAUGACCCCCUCUCAAGCAAACAAAACCACACAGUCAAGCACUUCCCUGUCUCAAGUCCUGCAACCUCAUAAAUCACAGAUUGAAGAAGCAGGGCGAACUAGCAAUUCUUGGGAGACCUCCCAAUGCUCUUCUUCACUAACAACUUCCUCUGCUGGUGUCCCUGUGCCUUCUCCCACCUAUGCUUUAGCUCUAUCCUUAGCUCUACCCAAUCGCUAUCUUCAUGAACAAUCUCCCAAUAUUACAUCCGUAGGGGGGCAGGGUGAUUUGUCUUUUUUAAACUCAUCCCUUACCACACCAUCAUCUAGUAACCCAAACUCUCAGCUCCAAUCUGCCUCUCUCGGCAGUGACUCGUCUACAUCUAACUCCAACACUUCUGGCCGUCUCCAACAUAUAUGCCGCUUUUGUGGAAAAGGAUUCAGCAGUGAUUCUGCCCUGCAGAUACAUCUCCGCUCGCACACAGGUGAACGACCCUAUCAGUGUCCCGUGUGCCUCAGUCGUUUCACAACACGAGGCAACCUGAAGGUGCACUUCCUUCGCCAUCGUGAACAAAAUCCAGAGCUUUCUCUUUCACUUCUGCCACCAUCUUUAUUUGGGUUAGCCUUAGGUGCAAAUGGGGGAUCAGAUAUUGGACAGAUCUCUGACAGCUCUGGAAGUGCUAGUGGGAUAAAUAUAACACAAAAGAAGCGAAAAAUUAGUAGGAUGGAUGAUGAAAUAUGUGGAGACAACUUGGCAAUCAGUGGUAACAAUAGUGGCCUUUCUAUUGGGCUUGCUGGUGAAUCUGCACCGUCUACUUUGCCUCUACCCCCUAGUGUGGAUCUGGCUUUGAUUUCACAUUCUCUUCUGCAGCUAAACAGGACUGCUGCUGUUGCUAGUGUUGCCUCUAUCCCACCUUCUUCAUCCUCUACCUCUUCUUUGGCAUCCUCCCUUCUCUCAAAUCCUUCCCUUUCAUCAUCAUCUGCUAUUGCUGGAUUAUUCAAAGGUGUAAAACAGCAGCGCUUUGAUGAAAACACUCCACCUUAUGCACCUAUGCUUUCCCCUACUGCUUAUUCCCAACUAGCACACCUACCAAAGCUUCUUUUUUCACCUGUUUCUGUUUCUUCUUCUUCAUCUAUCCAGGCUGCUCACUCACCUCUGUACAGCCAUCCAUCACUGAGCUUGCUACGCACCCAGUUACCUUCUGUUGCAGGAUCCCAACCGCAUGCAUCCUCCAGCCAUUCGCAGCUUCCAUUUCCUAUUUCUUCCCUUCCUAAAAACUCCAGUUCACCAACUACCAGUGUUCAAUCGUUUUUGCCCACAUCCACAGCAAUUAGCACUCCUACAUCUGAAACCUCUAAGCUGCAGAGACUGGUCGAGAAGCUGGAGAAGGCCCCUUCACUGUCCUGCACUCCAUGGUUUUCCUCCUCUACUCCAACAUCCAUGUUGGAGAUUUUGUCUGGCACUACCACUUCUUCUGCUGGGAGUGCAUCAAAUACCCGUUUCACAAAUGCCGGCAAUGCCACUACCAAUGUGGUUUCAUCUCCGUCAUCCAACAUCACCACAUCGGUUUCCCAGUUCACCCGUGAAAUGCUUGUUGCUCUCAGAAUGAGUGGCAAUGAUGCAAAUGCCAUGACAGGUGGUAUACUACCAUCACUUAAUGCCACUGGUUCAGCACAUAACCUGACAACCAAUCAGUGUGGAGUGUGCCUACGGGUGUUGAGUUGUCCUAGAGCUCUGCGGCUGCACCAGGCCACACAUCUUGGAGAACGUCCAUUUCCAUGUAAGAUAUGUGGGCGGUCGUUCUCUACCAAAGGCAGCCUGCGAUCACAUCUUGCCACCCAUCAUGCCCGGCCACCCAAUGUCCAAAACUCUUGCCCAUUGUGUCAGCGCAAGUUUACCAAUGCUCUUGUCCUACAGCAUCACAUACGCAUGCACCUUGGUGGACAGUUGCCCCCAGAUAGCACAGAGGAUUCUGAACAGAAGAUUCCACCUGAAUCUAAUCCCAAAUCCUUGACACAGUCUCUUCCCCAGCCCUGUGAUCAAGAAUCCCCUUCAAGUAAAACACCUUCUGGAGCGAGUCCUGCAAAGACAGAUACAAACUCACAGAUACAAACUAAAGCUGUAGGCACAAUCCCUGCCUCUUGCAGCAAGAAAUCAGCUGAGAAAAAUCUCAGUAAGUCCCCACCCUCAGACCUUAAUCAAAUCCCCCCGGCUGACCUCAGCCCUGACCCUUUCAUGAACUCUAACACACAAAGUCGUCCACCCAGCUCGGAAGAUCCCCCUGUCCUGUGUGUCAGUUCACCGCUUCAGGUCUCCCAAAUCACAGAUCCAGCUUUGCCUCCUGAUGAAGAAAAUAAACUCCAGCAACAAGAAUCUUUCGAUAUUUUCACUCCUACAUCUAACACUUUGCCACUUGUCUCUAGUGAUAACAAAACUACUGACAAAACUACAACACCUCCUUUAUUGCUGGUGGAUCCCACAAAAAGUAAAGAAUCCCCUAAGCUAGAUGCUUUAAAUGAUUCCAAACCAGACAUGGAUGACUUACAUAUUACAUCUGUUACUGAUGCUCCCUAUGAUUGCACCAGUUCCAGUACUUCCUCUAACGUUAUCACAGCUGAAGAUGUUUACGAUGCUGACAGAAAAGUUACUUUGGGAUCAAACACAGACUCAACAGAGCCACAAUCAUCAGAACCGACUGAGGAAGACAAAGACUCUUCUGAUCCAAAUAUACCACCAAAACAAGACCAAGUAUCUGUUCCUGAAAAUGAACCCGAAAUGACACCCACUGUGGAGAAUGCAGACACAAUGUUUGCUGAAGUAAGGGGGGGAUUGCACAAACAGGCUAUGUCUGUCAGAGAGACAGGCCAAAGCUUUCACUUUAGUUCAUAUGAGAGGGAAGGCCAGGCGGAUCCCAGUCAAAUGGGUGGACUGGUUUCAAAUGAAGCUCUGGAUGCUUCGCUGCCCAUCAGCCUUGCUCCAACUCUCCCAUCUCCGAUGUCCCGUCCUGAGAAGAAAACCUACUGCUGUGCGGAAUGUGGAAAAGAGUAUGCCAGUCGCAGCGGAUUAAAGGGUCAUAUGAAGCACCAUGGGGGCGUUACCAAACCAUCACGUCCACCAGCCAGGGGAAGUCGUUCCUCCUCCGACCAGAUUCCUUCCUCUGCUUCUUCUGUGUCCUUAAACAUUCCAGCCACUAGGAGUUCAGGAGGCUUCUGGAACCAGUACCAAGCCUUCCUAAACACAACUAACCAGUCAGCUGAUGACCAGAAGACUGUAAGUCAAGGUGGAAAUAAAGCCGUGCAGAAGGAAGCAGGGGAAGAACCAGAACAAGAUUCAUAACUUAACUUAGACUGGCUUAGAAAAUGUUGUGGUACAGAUUUUUUGUUUGUCUUUUAGCACAACUCUAUGGACAUUUACAAAGAAUUGCUUCUAUAACCCAUUUCAGGCGGCCUGUCAGUUUGAUAUUCAGAGUAAUGUGUUUAUAUGUGAUUCUUGUGAGACAAGCGUCAUGGCCGUCUUGUGUUAUAAAAGAGGCAAUAGUCCAAUUUUGUUGGGUUUAUCAACAUAUAAUUGGCUCAGAGGCUUGAAUUAUGUGACUCACGAGGCUAAUCUGAACAUACAAGGAAACGCUGCACUAUCAGCUUCCCACUGAGUCACAGAAAGAUGCACAAGAAGAGUCUGACAGUUAUAUGUUGUUUUUGAAACAUUUGUGAUUGUUGUGUCACCUAUUAAAAUGUAAUCCAUAUGGCACAUCCUCUUCAGCUUACUCAAACCUUUUAGGGGCAUCCAAAAGGAGCUGUGUUCCCAAGGACAUUUAUCACCCAUGAUGCAUCAGUGGGUGCUCACCUUGAGGCAUUUCAUAUUUGUGUUGGAAACUAAUGAUUUUUUUUUUCAUAUCUGUAAUCUACUGAUAUUCUACUGCAGGUAAAUUAGUUUUUUGGGGUAAUUUAAAUUUACAGCAGGGCAUUACUAACAGUGUGUAUUUCAUAUUAAUCAAUCCCUCUAAGAAUCAAAAGGUACAAACAGGUUUUUGGAUGGUUAAUUUAACAACUGUGUCAUGUAAAACUUACAUAAAUAAUAGAGUUGGAUUGAAUUUGAUUUGAUCUUUACCUCUAUUAUUCUUCACAAGUGUCUAUCUACCAAAAUAAAGAAAAAAAAUUGUUUAGAUAUAUAGGUAUAAAUUUGCUUACACACAAAAAGUUGAAGCAGAAAAGAAAAUCAAUGUUGGUACAAAAGGGAUAUAAAAUUGGCAAAGGAAAAAUGACCUUGAGCUGCCACGGUUAAAUCAGCAAAAACAAGAAUUGCUUUUUAAGAGAAAAUAAACCUGAUAUAAUGAGAACUGAGAGGAUAUAAGUCUUUCCUUUUUAUUUUUUGUUUAUUUUGUGUGUAAGUUGGGGUAUUCUUUCAUGUCUUGCUCUACUUUUUUUUUUUUAGAAAUAUGGUCCUACUGAAACAAAAGCACAUGUGCUGUUGUUGUGAGCCCAAAGAGGGCGUGGUCUGUCCUGUGAUGUUAGCCCUUCAGCUUGGGGACUGUUAUUGUAACCAUACGACCCAUGAGUGAGAUCUGUAAUGCAUUUAAAUUUACUAAACUUACUAAACCUACAUGUUUAAAAGUGUAUAUGUACAGUUGUUUUUGAUAGUUAACAUACCCUUCCAUUCAAGACAGAAAAUAAAUCUGCUGCCUGUAAUAUAAAUUGAAAUGGACAAAAGUAAUUAUUAAAUUAAAAUGACAAAAAAUAGAAAUGAUGACAUUGAUUUU